AUGAAGCGAGCCGCCGAGGACGAAUACCCGACGCCUGCUCGGAGCAUCAAGAAGAUUCGCAUCCGCCGGAGGUUCGUCACCAAAGCCGCCGACCUCCCGCCUCCUUCACUGAAGCGGAAGAAUACACCCGACCCCAUCUCCCUUCCUCCUAAAAGCCAAAAAAUGGCGAACACCAAGGCGGUCCACAAGGUCGCGAAGCCCCCCAAGGGCUUCUACAACGAAGACCUCUUCGACCUCUCCUCGCGCCGCCUCAUCAACCCCCUCCCCGUCAAGUACGAGUGGCGGGUCCAGAAAAGCACCACCCCCGCCGGCACCACCCCCAGCCCCAGCCCCAGCCCCGAGCCCGACAUCGAGCCGCGGUUCUGGUACCCGGCGCCCAUCAAGGACGACAUCAAGAAGGCGCUCUUCCUCCACCCGAGCCGCCGCCGCGUCGUCUGGGUGGGCCGCCUUGCCGAGGCCAAGCUGAAGGAGGAGGUCAAGAAGUACCACCGGGUCAAGGACCUCUGGCUGUUCCAGGCGUCGGACGCAUACAUGCCCGGCUACGACGAGAAGGCCGAGUUCAUCGCCAGCGUCUACGAGCAUGAGAUGCUGAGCCCCUGGGUCGUCUGCUGGCUGAGCGAGCUGAUCGGGGAGGAGGAGGUGGGCAGGAUCCUCGGACAUAUCGAGGUGAACCUGAAGAAGUCGCUGGCGGAGAUGGAGUGA